UUGGAUUUCGCUAUCAUCACUGGCUGGAAGGUGUGCCACCAUGAAGCCAAUCAUCCUGCACCAAUUGGCGCAGACCUCCUCAAAUUUGCAGAAGUUCGCAUCGUUUCUGCCAUCAACGCCAACAAA